AUGUAUUCUUCAAUCUCAAAGACUCGGCUGGUUAUACGCCCUUGUCGAAUUGUGGCUCGCCGUCGCUACUCCGCACCCUUCGUUGCGCCAUCAAGGCGUUUCCAUCUAUCACGAACGCGGCUCUCGUCAACAGAAGAUCCGAAUGAUGUCGAUUCUGCCACGCCAGAAAAUUCCUCGGAGGACAAAUUCUUAAAACCUCAGACUGGUUUCCCUUUUGGAAUCCCUGGUUUCCCUGGCAUUCCCAGUAAUGGCUUCCCCAAUGCUCCCCCGGACUCAGAUCCAUCCUCCGACUCCGCGAACUCGAUCACGAAAUCAUACGGCUCGGCCGCGCGCAGAGCGAUGAGAAAUAGGAAAUCAUCUCAGCAAUCACCUCAGGCAGCGACAACUGUGCCGACUUGGUUUCACAAGCGCAAUACGGUGGCUCGUGAUCAGCAUGAGAGUUCCCUUGCGCAAUCAACACAGCGGGUCAAGAUCAUCAAGUCAGGACCUCAGCCAGAUUUGGAACAAUCUACAAGUCAAAAGAUGGCCUCCGGGGGCGAUCCCGAUCCCUCUGUCCCCGAAGAUACACCGUCAGAGAAUCGGUACUUGGUUGCGGAGGAGACAUGGCAAGAGCUGCGCGCCUCCGUCAAAGCAGGCCUACAUCUUCCACCGGCAAAGUUUGCUCAAGAGCCUUCGGUGAAGAAGUCACACUUAGUACUAAAGUAUCCUGGAAAGGAUGGCAUCUCGUUUCUCGACGCUGUUGUGAAGAAACUUGCCCACGAGCUUAGCACCGACUUGGUAACUCUCAACGCUCAAGAUAUCGCGCAACUUUUCAGCGAACAGGAUCAUGCAGACUCAGGUGUGACUUCACCGAUUCGAUCACUCGGCUAUGAUGUGUACCGAUCCGAUGUUCCUUCCAACCACGAAGUUGAAGAACAGGAGUUAGAUGAUGAGGAAGAUUUCGAGGAAGUUGGUCCCCGGGGAAUUCGUGGCCCAAUGACUCCCCGAUUCCUCGCAAUAGAAAGCGCCAAAGAGUCAGGCGACAUCCCAAUUUCCAACUUCCUUGGAUUGAAGGGUCUUUUAGGUGGACCUAUGAACAGGCAAACAGAUGCGGACCCAGAUGCCGGUGCUUCACAAGGCAACCGCACUGAAAAUCGAUGGAUUGAAUUAAUGAAUGGGCUCAUCGAAUCAUCGGCCCGGCCAAAAAAAACCCCCAGUGAAUCGACAGAAUCCCCCGAUGCGGACUCCGACAAAGCCCCCCUAUCUCGGGAAGUCAUUAUACACAUAGAGGACUACUUUGAGAUUCAAGGUACACGGGAUGGUUCCAGAUUCAUCUCACUCUUGCACAAGGUCAUCCAAGGACGAAGAGCAGCAGGGUCUAAGAUUCUGGUGGUCGGGACAAGUUCUGGCGAAGUACAUCCCGUGCCCUGGCUUCCACGGAAUUUCCUUGAUGAUAACCAAUUCUCGAAAACAUUACUUCUCACGCCCGCCAUGAGCUCUGGAAUUGCCGAGAAGGUCUUCGUAGAGGAUCGCAAGAAACGCACUAUGGACGUCAAUAUCCGCCACCUACAGAGUAUGCUUCGUUACCGAUUAAACGAACAGACUUCGCCCGUGAAGGAUAACAUACUUACCGACCGUGCUUGGCCCCUUGAGCCUUCAACGAUCAAGUCAUCUGGAAUUGAGGAUUCUUUCUGGUCAUACAACCACGUCCAUUGGACUGCCACCCUUGCACUCGGCUGUCUGGAGGCCAACGAGUCCUUUGGGUUAGAACACAUACAAAGAGCCCUUGGUCUCAUGAACAAAAACGACACAGUUACCCAUGAAUGGAUCAAGCAGAAGAUUUCCGAACAAAAAGAGUCAGCUGCAGGGCAGAGUCGAGAGAACAGUCGACAGCAAAGUCGAGAGCAGUUGCUGGCAUCUCUGCGCAAGACUUGCAACACGCAUGAGAAGAAGCUCCUCAAUGGCGUGGUUGACGCGAAGAGCAUUCGAACCACAUUCAACGAUGUGCACGUGCCUCCAGAGACCAUCGACGCCCUCAAGACCCUGACAUCCCUCUCACUCAUCCGACCUGAGGCGUUCACGUAUGGUGUCCUUGCUACAGACAAGAUUCCAGGUCUUCUCCUCUACGGUCCCCCAGGUACGGGUAAAACUUUACUGGCGAAGGCCGUGGCCCGCGAGAGCGGAGCAACCGUCCUUGAGGUCAGUGGGUCUGAAGUGUACGAUAUGUACGUCGGCGAGGGCGAGAAGAACGUGAGAGCAAUCUUCUCACUGGCGAAGAAACUCAGCCCCUGCAUCGUCUUCAUCGACGAGGCAGACGCCAUUUUCUGCUCGCGCACAGGAGCAGCCAGUCGUAACUCCCAUCGCGAGUUGAUCAACCAAUUCUUGCGUGAGUGGGAUGGAAUGAACGACCUUUCAGCUUUCAUCAUGGUUGCCACAAAUCGACCCUUCGACCUUGACGACGCCGUCCUCCGCCGACUCCCCCGCCGUCUUUUAGUCGACCUACCAACCGAGGAAGACCGCCACGCCGUAUUGAAGAUUCAUUUGAAAGAGGAACAGCUUGAGGACUCAGUCGACCUCGCCGACCUGGCCCGCCGCACACCUCUUUACUCCGGCUCUGACCUCAAGAACUUGGCCGUGGCAGCUGCACUUGCUUGCGUCCGUGAGGAGAACGCGGCCGCCGCUAAGCACACAGGCGAUGAGCCGUACAGCUACCCGGAGCGACGUAUCCUCACUCGCACACAUUUCGAACGCGGAAUGGAAGAAAUUUCAGCUUCGAUCAGUGAAGAUAUGUCUUCACUGACAGCAAUUCGCAAGUUCGAUGAGCAGUUCGGUGAUCGGAAGGGUCGUCGGGAGAAGACUCCUGGCUGGGGAUUCAUCCCUGCUCCCAGCGGCGAGGCCGCUACUGAGACCGCGCGUGUUCGAACAUAA